ACAAAAAUCCAAACCAACCAACAAUUUUAUUAAUGGAUGUAUGGCCUGGGAAAGACACCAAACAGUCCCCCCUCUGACACAUCCCAGCCCUCCGUCCGGCCCCACCACUCCAUCUCCACCGUCCAUCAUUCUUACUUACUUACAACUCCCUGUCUCCCUCUCCUCCCCCCAUUCUCACUUCCCAAUGGCCCCGCUCCUCCUCCUCCUCCUCCUCCUCUUCGCCGGCGCCGCCUCCGCCUCCGCCGCCACCCACCCUCAGGACCUCCAAGCCCUCCGGCAGCUGAAAUCGGCCAUCGACCCCUCGUCGAUUCCGGCGGGGUCCUGCAUCGACUCAUGGGACUUCUCCGUCGACCCCUGCGACUCCAUCUUCUCCGCCAAAUUCACCUGCGGCUUCCGCUGCAACUUCUCCCGCGUCACCGACCUCGCCCUCGACGCCGCCGGCUACUCUGCCGCCCUCUCCGCCGCCGCCUGGACCUUCCCUUACCUCCAAAACCUCGACCUCUCCAACAACAACUUCUCCGGCCCCAUCCCCGCCGCCUUCUCCGCCCUCACAAACCUCCAACGCCUCGUCCUCUCCCACAACUCCCUCACCGGCGCCAUCCCCGCCGCCGCCGUCGCCGCCCUUCCAAACCUCCAGGAGCUCAUCCUCGACUCCAAUUACCUCUCCGGCCCCCUCCCCCCCUCCCUCAACCUUCUAAGAAAUCUACAGCGGCUCGAGCUCCAAAACAACCGGCUCGGCGGCGCGCUGCCCGACUUGUCUCGGCUCGCCGCCCUCAACUUCCUCGACGCCAGCGACAACUCCUUCUCCGGCGAGAUUCCGGCGGCACUCCCCCCCUCCCUCGUCGAAUUAGCCCUCCGAAACAACCAGCUCUCCGGCAGCAUUCCGGCGAGCGUCGCCGCCGUAUCCUCUCUAGAAGUCCUCGACCUCAGCCACAACUCCCUCGCCGGAGAAAUUCCGGCGGCGCUCUUCUCUCACCCCUCGCUGGAGCAGCUGACGGUGUCGUACAACCAAUUCGGUUCGAUCCAACAGCCCGGACCCUACCCGGACCCGACCCUGACCAGCCAGCUAAUCUCCGUCGAUCUGAGUAACAACCAGAUCCGAGGAUUCUUACCCGGGUUCAUGGGUCAACUGCCCCGACUCUCCGCGCUCUCGUUGGAGAACAACAAGUUCUCGGGUCCGAUUCCGACCCAGUAUGUUCUGAAGGUGGUGGAUCCGGGCGUGGAUCCGGCUUUGGGCUUGGCCCAAUUCGAGAGGCUGCUGUUGGGUGGGAAUUACUUAUUCGGGCCGAUACCGGGUGCGUUCCUGGAGCUUAAAGCCGGGUCGGUUACUGUCCGGUUGGGGGACAACUGCCUGUACCGGUGUCCCCUCAGAUGGUUUUUCUGCGAGGGCGGGGUGCAGAAGUCCUUAACUGAGUGUAGAGCCUUCGGCCCUAUCAUCCCCUGACACGUGUCUCUGUUUUUGUGUAUUUUCGAGGUCCCGGAGCCGGAGUGACCACUAAUUUUAUUCCAUCUCGUGUACAAUUUCGGAUUUGUAUGACAAUUUUUAUAUUUCAUUA